UCAACGGAUUCAAAAUGUGCUACAAAUUUGGCUUAACUAUGGUCACCAUGCUGCUGCUGGCGGCAAUCUCUGGCAUUGCUUAUGGAGCCCCAUCGGAUGUGGUGGUGGAGAAGGCACCAGAGGAUCAGGCCCAGGUGGUACCAAAAUCGGAUGGAGACUUUACCGUGUCGGAGGACUGCCAUCAGCCCAAGGAGACGGGUCGUUGUUUUGCCCUGUUCUAUCGCUAUGCCUACAAUGUGGAUACCCAAUCCUGCGAGGAGUUCGUCUAUGGCGGCUGUGCCGGCAACAAGAACAACUUCGAGUCCAAGGAGCAGUGCGAACAGGCCUGUCUGGGCAGAUCGGUGGAAUCCACCAACACCACCACCGAGCAGGCCGAUGAGGCGACCACCGAAGCGGACACUAAGGCUUAAAUUUAUUUAUUUUUUUAAGAGUAUAAUCUGGGGGGUUAUUUGUGAUUUCAAACUAUGAAAAACUCAUUUAAAAGUUGUUUAUUUUAUUAAAUAAAAAAAAAUAAUAAUACUAAUGAGAGAUACAUUUGUAAUUAUAUUAAUAUAUUUUUUUAUGUUUUAUGAAUAACUUAAAUUUGAAACAGAAGUAGUUAAGACUUAUUGGAGUUUAUUUAAAAUUAAUAAAAAUUUCAUUUUGUGUUUUUUAAAAACAAUAAUUAAUAUAAUUAAGUUGUUAGAAAUAAGUAAGAAACAUUUAUACAUUGUUCAUACUUAAAAUACCUUUUUAAAAUUAUUUAAUAAAUAUUAAAA